UCCCCGGGGCUGUCCCAGGGACAGAGGUCGGUCACUUCCCCUGCGAGCGCGCCGGAGCUCCGCCCCGCUCGCCCGGCAUCCCUCUCGCCACCGCAGCCAAGAUGGAGGAAUACGCUCGUGAGCCUUGCCCCUGGCGAAUUGUGGAUGACUGUGGUGGGGCUUUCACUAUGGGUACCAUAGGAGGUGGUAUCUUCCAGGCGAUCAAAGGUUUUCGCAAUUCUCCUGUGGGGGUAAGCCACAGGCUUCGAGGCAGUUUGACAGCCAUCAAAACCAGAGCACCACAAUUGGGAGGGAGCUUCGCAGUUUGGGGAGGUCUCUUUUCCAUGAUUGACUGCAGUCUGGUAAAAGUCAGAGGAAAAGAAGAUCCGUGGAAUUCCAUCACAAGUGGCGCCUUAACCGGAGCCAUAUUGGCAGCAAGAAACGGACCAGUGGCCAUGGUUGGUUCAGCUGCAAUGGGUGGCAUUCUUCUUGCCUUAAUAGAAGGAGCUGGUAUCCUGUUAACAAGAUUUGCAUCUUCACAAUUUCCAAAUGGACCCCAGUUUGUGGAUGAUCCUUCCCAGUUGCCUCCAGCCCAGUUGUCACCCUCACCAUUUGGAGACUACCGACAAUAUCAAUAAUGAGACUAUUGCCCUGAGGUUUCUUAUUAGAAUAUGAUCUUUAGUUCUAGAAAGAUUCUGGAAGACCAAGUUACAGUUGGAUUUGGACAAGAAGAGUUUAAUAUACUCUGAAGAAACACUUGGCACUUUUUCUAUUUAAAGGAACCUGGGACAGAAAGUCUAAAAGAGCUUAAAUUUUAUUUAUUCUUACUUGAAUUACAUUUGUAAUAAAAUUAAAUGUCUAGUAUCACAAAAAAGGAAAUACUUUAAGUUCUUAGAAGAUGAAGGACCAAAGGGAGAGUAUUGAAAUUGAUUUCCUUAUGGACUUCUCUGCCUGGUUUGAUGUUCUGUGGUUCAAACAAUAAUAUUCCCUGGAACUUGUUCUUUCUUUCAAGAUCAGUAAUAGUGCUCCACUUUUCAUCCUCAAAUAUUUCAUCUUCUCAACAAAAAUAGAUUUAAACCUGCAUGUAUUGGAGUUAGAAUCUUUUUUUACUCCUGAAAUGGAUUGUGUAUGAAAGUGAUGCCAACCCUGCACAGGUUAUUUUAAGUAAAAUACUUUAAGCAUCAAAGGGAUAUAUAUAUAUGUAAAGUGCUGAUUUUUCACACAACUUUGCCUUACAGAGAAAAUGAAAUAUGCUAUGCCCUUCUGUUGAGGCUAUCAACUAUAAGACUUCUCUGAGGCCACUGUGCCUUGGUUCUGACCAUUAGAAAUUUCACCAGAAAUGACUGGUAUCCAAAAUGCUUGGUCCCAUAAAAGAAGAACUCAGAGCUGGAAUAGUUUUCAUUAUUGGAAAAGUUUGUUGUUUAUUUGUGGGAUUGAAAAUAAAAUAUGGAACAUUUUUUGUGA